UGCAGCUGCUGUGCCCUGGCACCCUCACUCCUGAGAAGAGUUUUCCAGACCCAUCUGGUGCACACAGGCCACCCUGGGGCAGAGGGCAGGGAUUAGGCUGGCUGCCUGACUCAUUUACCCUAAUCCUCCUCACUGUAGAUCCCAGGUGAUGAACUCAAGCCUUGGGGGGCCAUAAGCAGCUUUCUGGGCCCGAGAACCAAGGGCACUCACUCCAGGAAGCGACAUUGCUGAGUCUCGUCAUCAUCUACAUGGCAACAGGGCACAGUGCACAGCUGGUUCCUGGCCCCCAGAAGACCCCUGAAGGAGUUGCAUCUCCCAGGAGUGCCUCGGAGGACCCCACUUUGACCAGGAAAAGGAGCAAGAAAGAAAGGCGGCUCCCAGGGUCCCAGAAGGCCAGUUCUGGGGAGCAGUCCUCUAGCCAGGGCUCUGAGACCUCAGGAAGCAGCAAGAACCCAAGGACCAGAGAAGGGCAGGAGGAGCCCCCCUCAGCAUCUGCUGGGCACGCCUCUCACCGACAGUCCCACCGACAUCGUUCUGACCCCCAGCAGGAUGCUGCCCAAAGGACUUAUGGGCCCCUGCUCAACCGCAUCUUUGGAAAGGAUCGUGAACUGGGCCCUGAGGAGUUGGAGGAGCUCCAGGCUGCCUUUGAGGAGUUUGACACUGACCAGGAUGGCUACAUCGGCUACCGGGAGCUAGGUGACUGCAUGAGGACGCUGGGCUACAUGCCCACGGAAAUGGAGCUCCUAGAAGUUUCACAGCACGUGAAGAUGCGCAUGGGGGGCUUUGUGGAUUUUGAAGAGUUUGUGGAGCUGAUAAGCCCAAAGCUGAGGGAGGAGACUGCGCAUAUGCUGGGUGUACGAGAGCUACGAAUCGCCUUCCAAGAGUUUGACAAAGACAGGGAUGGCAGGAUCACAGUGGCGGAACUGCGGCAGGCAGCACCAGCCCUGCUGGGGGAACCACUAGAGGGCACUGAACUGGAUGAGAUGUUACGGGAAAUGGACCUCAAUGGGGAUGGCACCAUAGACUUCGACGAGUUUGUAAUGAUGCUAUCUACUGGCUGAGGCACACGCAGGGACAACCAACUGCCUCUGGGGCCCAGACACCAGCAGGAACUAGACUACCACACACCUUCCCCCAACGCUAGGCUGCUUCACCCCUGAGCCCACCCUCUCCAGUGUCUGCCUGAGCUGUCUUCUUCCGAGGUGUGGAUGGAAAAACAA